UUUCUUAUGAUUGUACGCUGAAUGAGCUAUAGGGACUCAAGUAAGAUUGAGGAGAAGUGGUACGUGAAGAGAUCCCAUUGGUUCAACACUGUGCAAACAAAGAAAUGGGGAGGAUGACUUGGUUCGACGAUGAGGGGAUGAAGAAAGGAGAGUGGACGGAUGAUGAAGACAGGAAGCUCGCCGCGUACGUCAAAGAACACGGUUCCGGCCACUGGGGUUCGUUGGCUAAGAAAGCUGGUCUGAAAAGAUGUGGAAGGAGUUGUAGAUUAAGGUGGAUGAAUUAUUUGAGCCCUGAUAUUAAAAGAGGCAAGUUCUCUCCUCAUGAGGAACAACAAAUCUUCAAGUUCCAUGCUCUUAUUGGAAACAGGUGGGCAGUAAUAGCUAAGCAUAUUCCGAACCGAACAGACCAUGACAUCAAGAACUAUUGGAACUCGCGUCUUAAGAAAAGACUCGCUAAAGAAAGAAUCAAACCAGCGACGACUCAUGAGCCAGCAGCUAUCAUCACCGUCGAAGCCACCUCCACCUCAACUACGUCGCCUUCUCCGACACUUAGCACUACUUCUUCUUCUUUUUGCCCCACUGGCUCUGCACGUCUACUUAACAAGCUUGCUACUGGUAUCGCCUCGAGAAAAUACAGACUCGACAAGAUCAAGAUGGUGAUAUUACAACCAAGAAAAGCAAGUGGUAAAGAGAAGAUGUUGAUAACCAUGGAAGAGGAGGAUUUGAUUGCUUGUUUCAUGGACAUUGAUGAGAGGCUGAUGAGUACGACGCCGUUUUGUGAGGGUUCUACUGCUACGACGACCAGCUUAGUGGCUUUUGAUGACUGCUCGAUAGUUUGACACUAGUAUCCCAAAGUAACACCAGACGAAUUUGCGCAAUUAUUUAUCAAAGGUUUCAUAUAUGAUAACAUGCGGACUAUUGUUGGAGAAGCUAAGUAUGAUUCACGACGAUUCCAAUAGUAAAUAAGCAUAUAAAUAUUCAUUUUCAUUACUAUUAGAACCUUUUUUACUUUUCUCGUGA